AUGAGCUCCUCUUUCUGGGAUCGGGGUGCUGGGAAGCCUUGGAGUGCUGCUGGAUCUCUGUGGGGGUGGGCUGUGUCGAGGCUGCAGCUGGACUGGACAACAAGGUUCUUCCAGCAGGAUGAAGAGAUGCUAAUUCUGACCCACAGCGACGAGUUAAACAGAACCUACUGUGAAGAGAGCAGAAUACCUUUAGACGAAAAUAAUCCAAGCUCUGCUGACACCCGAGCAACCAGAUCUUCAUUAAAAAGGAACAACUUGCCUCAAACUGAACAGGAUAACCCCCAUAUGAGGGAGGGAUCCAAUCCUAACCUUAGAGGAUCCCCCCAGCAGGAGAAUCAGGCCUUUAAAGAAACCAGAGCGAGUGUGAUCUCCACCGGACCAAGAAUCAUCACUGUAACAUCAGCCGUUUCCUCUGCAGACGCCAUAAGUUUCAAGAACAACAGAAGUUUUGGCAAAAGAAAAAGAUCCUUAGAAACACAAGCUGAUGAGAUGGGAAGCAAGGGUGUCAUCCAAAACCACGGAGGCAAGAGAAGGCCCUACAGGCAUGUUAGUCCGUUAAAACUCUCUGAGGAUGGAGAAGGGAGAGAAGUAGGAAGUGUGGAGGGGACUUCUCAGUUCUGCACCAGCCUCCAAGAAGAAAGAUCGAGGAGGAGUUUGGCAAAUCCAGUCCAGAGGUCAAGUACAAGAACCUCAGGUGUGAAUCCUGCUCCCACCAUCACUGCCUGGGAGGCUGGCUGGAACGUCACAAAUGCUAUACAGGGUAUCUUUGUGCUUGGUUUACCCUUUGCUCUGGUCCGGUCGGGGUAUGUUGGUCUCUUUGUUUUGGUUCUGUCAGCCUGGGUCUGCAACCACACUGGGAGGAUCCUGGUGGCCUGUCUGUAUGAGGAGGAACAAAGAGGAGGAUCCAGCUCAGGGUCAAAGGUCAGAGUGCGACACAGCUACCAGGAUAUAGUGGAGGCCAGCUGUAAAGGGCUUUGGCCCAACUGGCCAGGACUCUGGGGAUGGAUGGUUAAUGUAGCUCAGGUGGUUGAACUGUUGAUGACCUGCACCCUCUAUCUGGUCGUCUCCACCAGCCUGCUGUCCGACAGUCUCUCAGGGAUGGCUGUUCCUCGAUCAGCAUGCUCUCUGGUGUCUCUGAUCUUCCUGCUGCCAUGCCUGCUGCUCACUGAUCUCAGACCAGUCUCCACCCUAAGCCUGCUGUGCUCCCUGGCUCACAUCCUGAUCAGCCUGUUGGUCAUGCUGUACUGUUUGAGUCGAGCCAGCAGCUGGUCCUGGUCUCCUCUGUCUUUGUCUGUGGAUCCCGAGGACUUCCUCGUCUCCGUGGGUGUCAUCAUCUUCUCUUACACCUCGCAGAUUUUCCUCCCUCCUCUAGAGGGCAGUAUGGAGAACAGAUGGCAGUUUAACAGCAUGCUGGGAUGGACACACGGUGCUGCCUGCAUCAUGAAAACACUGUUUUCUCUACUGGCCGUGCUGACCUGGGGCGCUGAGACCAGUGAGGUCAUCACAGACAACCUGCCCUCUGAUCUUCGGCCUCUUGUCAACCUGUGUCUGCUGGCUAAAGCCCUGCUGUCGUACCCUCUGCCAUUCUACUCUGCUGCUGAAAUACUGCAACCAUGUCUGCUCAGAGAUGACAUCACCUUAUCCUACCCUAAACAUGGAGGUCGCCUAGUGACUCGUCCAGCCCUGCUGAUCCGUGGCGCCUUGCUGAUGACAUCAUACCUGCUUGCCCUGCUAGUCCCAAGGUUCUCCCUGCUGAUGGGUUUGACAGGCAGCGUGACUGGGGCGGCAAUGACACUCAUCCUGCCCUGCCUGUUUCACCUCAGACUGCAGUGGAGCCGCCUCACCGUGAUGGAGCGAAUGGUGGAUGUGUGUAUUCUGAGUGUAGGGGUCAUCUGUAGUGUGUCUGGUGUGAUCUGUUCACUGAAAAGACUGAUGGAGGAGCUGUAG